AAACAGAAGCGGUCUAUUAAAGUCGAGUUUCGCUUGCUUUCGCUCGCGUAAUGUUUGUUGAUGUUUGUGUAAAGAGAUAAGCACCGAACUGAACUUCAUGAGUAAAUAAUUCAGUAACUUUGAUCAUACACAACUUUUAUCGUUUUAAUCAUAACCUGUGAGGCUACAACAACAUGACCAAUUCGAGUGAAAACGUGUUUAAUACCUGUAGAUCGUGUCUUUUAUUGUCCAAUGAUACUUAUCCAAUAUUCGAAUCCAUGAUCGAAGACAAUGUAAGCGUUGUAACAUUGUUAAAUUACUUUUUAAUCGAGAUAGAAGAAGAUAAUUUACCACAAGCUAUGUGUCAUUCCUGUGUAUUGAAGUUACAAGCAGCAUAUGAAUUUUUUGAAACUUUUAAAAAGUCCCAAGCGAUAUUAGAGCAACGAUUUGUAGAUAAUCAAGAAGAGCCCCUUUUGGUUGUGAAUGGUGACGCUAAACUGAAUAAUAUCAGUUCAAAGUUACACUUAAAAGAAGUAACCUCAAUUGAACAAAAUUCUUCAGAAGUAAGAAAUGAUGUAGACAUUGAAGAAAGUAUUAUUAUACAGUAUGGAGAAAGUGGUAAGGAGAGUCAUGACUCAGAUGAUGAAGAUUACUUGAUUGCAAAGUCAGUGAAACUCACAGAAAUGUAUAAACGUCGCAAGUGUGACAAUACCACAGACACCGAUUCUGAUGAUAACGUUGGAGAAGUAGAAGAUAGUGGAGUUGAUUCUUCAAUUAAUAAAAGGCAGCCCUCAAGUACUUCAAACAACAAAACCUUGCAAAAAUCCAGUGUUAAAUCAGUAGUUUGUAAAGUGUGUUCUGAAUGUUUCACAGAUGUCAAUUUAUACUUGGAACAUCAUUGUAAAGAAUUUUUCUGCAACAUAUGUGAAAAGUCAUUUUCUAGAGCAGAAUUGUAUAAAAGACAUAUGCAAAGACAUUCUAGUUCAUCAUCAAGAUUUGCUUGUCCAGAUAAAAAGUGUUCUAAGACUUUUUGUGGAAAACAAGCGUUACGCAGUCAUUAUUUAACAGUACAUGAGGAAAAACGAAAUUACUUGUGCAGUCUUUGUGGAGCGUCAUUCAAAAAUUAUGAUAACUUGAGAUAUCAUAUUAAGAAACAUAAUGGACCUUCACAUGUCUGUACAUCCUGUGGAAAAGCUUUCAUGUUAUCAGCUCAUCUUAAAGAUCACAUGUGGCGACAUUUAGGAGUAAAACCCCACAAGUGUACAAAAUGUGAUAAAAGUUUUCUUACUAAAAAACUCUUAAUCAGACAUGUGGAAAGUAAUUGUGGCAAGAACAAGAGGCUACUAGGAGAAAAACUUGUUUUAAAUAUAGAAAGCAUGUAACUGUGUUUCAAGAACAUCCAUUGAUAAAGUAAAACAAUUGAAAAUAAUUUUAUUAACUCUUAAAAAUAUAUAAUUAUUUUUUUAUUACAAUAAAA